AAUAAUCAUAUUUAAUUGGUUUCCAAUCGCGAAUGCGGCCAUCAGAUAUCUUUUAAUUUGGAAAAAGUCAGAAAUGACAGCCGGCCAACGAACACGAUUUUGAGGCAAUUUUUCCCUUUCUUCACACAAUUGAAAAGUGUUAGUGAAACGAGCAGUAUUGUAUUUAUCACGAAUAUUACCAGUGGCAAAUUAUAUCAGUCGAAACUUGCUCUCGAUGGCAGCUGUGGAUAUUUUAAGGCCUUCCUGAUUAGCAGAAGCACAAAUUAUUGACUCUAAUCAGUGAAUGAUGGCUUUAAUCCGAUUUUGCGUUCGGAUAAAAACAUGCCUGCAGAUUUGGGUAUACUCUUGGGUCGGAGUGCGUUAAGAGAAAAAUGAAUAAAAUCCCUCAACAAUUCUACAAAUCUGGCAACAAUUGCUGACGGGACGCUCGAUUCACAUUUUCCGCGUUAUUUUUGUUCAUCACGUCAGGCGUUGUAAACAACGAUUCUGCGGCCGUGAUUUUUUGCUUGUUAAUUUUCGUCACUAUUUUGCCCGAAAAUGGAGAAAGUCCCUCACCGGAAUCCGGUAAGAUAUUGCCGGCUGUGUCUAUCCCAGAACAACUUGCUGACGGUGAUCGACCUUCAAACACGAAUGCAGCACAGGGAGCUGCUGGACAGAUUGUACGAUUAUCUGAGAAUUGCUUUCGAGGACGAUGACGAUUUUCCCAGUGCAAUCUGUGAUCUUUGCACGGUUUUUAUGGAUGAGUUUCAUGCGUUCCAACAAACGGCAACCCGAAACCAUCAGAUGGUGAAGUUAUUUCGCAAAGACCAUGGUGACGUGUUCAGCGAAGAUGAUGUUGCACGUGAUACCAGCAAGAAACAGGUCAGUCUCAAACUGAAAGAUUUCCAGUGGUCCCCUUUCAAGAUGGACGAUUCGGAUCCCGAAAACGAGUUUCCAAGCUACGUUAAGGAAGAGAACGAAGACGAAUUUUACGUCGAUGUGCUGGAUCUAACCGGAACUGAAAUUAAACAAGAAAUUCCAUCUCCUCAAAAAAACUCACCAGCUGUCGAGGGAACACUUUCAAAAACUAUUGCCAAUGAAUUGGUCAAAAAUGUCGAUGUUUAUCACAUGGAUGGGGAACUACAGACAGUGGUCGUGAAGGAAGAAACCGUCGAAACCAGUUCUGUCCUGCCGGUGUUAGAGCAAUUGUCUGUUAAGCCUCAAUUGACGAUAAAGAAGGUGCCCAAAGUGGAACCGGGUACUGAACCAGCGACGAUCGAUGGAUCAGCAACGGAAGAACAAAUAACCACAAAAACCAGUCCAGCAAACAUGUUUCAAAGGAUGAGAAAUGUAACAGUCAAACCAGUACCAGCUCGUUCGGUAGGCGGUUCGACGGCUACUAAACGUCCACCGCCCGGUAGAUUAUUGAAUGCCGAACUGUGUGAUAAACGUCCGAAAAUACCUCCCUCCACUGUUAAACCUAUCAUUAAAUGCAACCAAUGUCGGGCAGUAUUCAGCAACGAAACGAACCUCUUAAUGCACAUGGAAAAUGAUCACUCUCCGAAUAAACCGAAAGCGGUACCUCGGGUGGCUCAACUUCCCAAAAAUCCAGGCUCCCAGCAAUCGAAGCUAACCCUAUUCAAAUGCACACAUUGUAACAGCAGUUUCGUUCAGCUGCGAAAUUAUCAAGAACAUCAAGCUAAUCAAUGUAAGGAGGCGCUUAGAACGAGAUUCCCGGCUGGCCAAGAACCGGGUACAUCAGUAACGGUAAAACAAUACAAAGCCCCAACAACCCCAACCAGCAAACCGAGAGCUGCCAACGAAUCAUCGGCAAACAAAAGCGAUCGUCGGCUGCCAUGCCCAUACUGCAAGAACGUUUACAAGAGCGAGCAAUUCCUGAACCGCCAUCUGUUCGAAGUGCACAAGGUACUGCUCAAGCGGGAACAGCACCGAUGCGAUAUCUGCCAGUUGAACUACUCCUGUAGGGAAGAUUUGGCGCUCCACCAUCGGGCUAUGCACCAAUGCAGGCAGUGUGGAAAGAACACUAAGGAUUGUAAUCACGGGCCACACGUUAGUAACAACUCAGCUGCUGCUGCCACAGGAACGUCCAAUGGGCAGUUUGUAAUAAAACAAAAGGUCUCUGUUGGGGCAAAUUAUUUCGAAAUAGACGAGCUACCGGAGAAACUAGCUGAGGAUCGAAUCACAACGGAUUCUGCUAACAAGAAGUGGGAAUCUCAUGUAAUUGCAUUCAACGCUGACAAUCCUGAUGGAUUCGAAAUGAAUCGUGCCAGUGGAUAACUUGACAUUUUAAGCUUGAUUAACCCGUUUUUAUUUCAAUUAACGAAUUCUAUUUACGGUUAGCUUGACAACGUAAUUUUUGAUUUUUUUUUUAACAAAUUGACUGCUUAUAAAUUUUGCUUGCUUAUGAAUUGCUUAAUUUUAAUUUGUUUAUCGUCAGUUCGUAAAUUCAUCAACAUGCAUGUUCAGACACUUUACAGAUCAGUUCAAGCUCUAAUUCUUCAAUUGUCAAGUAAGCCCACUUUUCUGUACGUUGACGCUUUAUGAAAUUCGUUUAUAAAUAAAUAUAUUUGUUACAGUCACUAAACAAAUUUUUCUAUUCUCA